UGCUCAGUGCCUAGAACAUAGUAAGCAGUCAGUAAAUGUUAGCUAUUUACAAGUAUAUGUGCCCAACUAUAUAGAGGAAAUCGAGGAUUCAGCAAGGAAAAGACAGACUGACACACAGAAUUCCGCUCCAAGUAUCCCACUUCCAACCUCCUCCACAGGUUGUCCAGGUGUGCUAGGUACAAAACUGGGCUAGGCCAAGUAAGGGAAGUAUUAGGGUCCAAAUUCCCUUGGCUGGGACCAGAGAGAAUGGGAAGUAACCACAGAACUUGGGCAAGGUUGAGAGGAAUGAGUAAAGUGGUUGCGUACCCCUGGGUUUGGACAGGAGCCCCGAUUUAGGGGGGAGAGGAAUUCCAGUGCUGUGGGUUGUGUAAUGAAUCUUCUAUCACAAAGUUGGGCAAAAGAGAAGGACUUUGGAGUUACAGGUGAGAUGGGUGAGGGACAGGGCAGAAGGAAAAGGGGACUCAUGGAGGGUGCCUUCUAAAGAAAUCCUCAUGAAGAUAUUUUGUUUUUAUUUUUCUGAAUUUUGGGCCUAGAGUUGACUUUGGAGAAGAAAAUCAGGAACAAGUAAGAGAUUAAAUUGUCCUCAUCAGAUAUGUUUUCAUAGGCUCUCCAUGAGCCUUUAGUGCCCAUCCCCUUCUCUAGCACUCUACCUGGUGAACUCCUAUUCACACUUGAAGAUCCCAUUCUCCUGUUGUGUUUUCUCUUUCCCUGGUAGGGCCCAGCCCACUCUUCACUCUUUCAGUACAGGCUUUAUUGUGUUUUCCUGUAAUGUUAGUUCUCUGCCUUUACCUAGCAGAUAGUGAGCUCAAGAACAUUGGCUGAGUGCAUGAGUGACUGCAUGAAUAUGCAUUCCUGGGAGGAACUUAGGAAAGGGAUGAUUACCCAACCUUACAGAAAGAGAAACUGAGGUUCAGGAAGUCAAUGUCAUUGGCUUCCUAUGUCAUGAGUGUGCCCUGGGGCUGGAGAUCUAAGUCUCUGGCAGGUGCUCUGUCUGCUGGCCCAUUCGGCCCCAGGCAAAACUAAUGAGUGGAUAGUGACAAGCAUGGGGAACAUUGCUGAGGCAGCUGAGGCAGGUGGUCAGGAGAACCCCUGAUUCUAAUCCCAGCUGGCACUCUCAAUGGCAGUUCUUCUGUGGCCACAUCACACAAGCUCCCUGUAAGACUUUUGCUUUCUGAAAAGGGAUAAUAAUCCCAGCAAGCACAUGUUCUCAACUUUAUAACUGAAUGGUGGUCUUCUAUCAGUUUGUUUGCAGGGCUCUUGUCUGUUUGCAGCCAGCCAUGUUGUGGCACUAAGUACACCUGGCACUUAGGAGGUGCUCCUGAAAUAUUGGAUGAAUAAUAGGGAGAAGGCCAAGUGGGAGUUUGCUGACGGCUGUCUGCAGAGAAAGCUUUCCUGCCACUGGUUCCCAAGGGGGAUCCUCACAGUUAAUGAACACUGGAGGCCCAGUCUAACCUCUGCCCCCUCCAUUUACCCUCCCUCCAGGUGGGCAGGGCAAUCCUACCUGGACUGACAAGGCUGGGGUGCUCAGGGGAGGUCAGCCACAGUCAGGGACAGUCAGAGGAUUCAGCUGUCCCUGCACCAUGAGUGUCUCUGUACUGAGCCUCACCAGACCCUUGGGCAGUGUCUCCGGACUCCUGCAAGUGGCCUCUCUGCUAGGCCUGGCUCUGCUGUUGCUCAAGGCAGCACAGCUCUACCUGCACAGGCAGUGGCUGCUCAAAGCAGUCCAGCACUUCCCGUCCCCUCCUUCCCACUGGCUCUUCGGGGACAUCCAGGAGUUCCAAGAUGGCCAAGAGCUACAAAAGCUUCAGAAAAGGGCAGAGAAAUACCCGUGUGCCAGUCCUCGCUGGCUGUGGGGGAGCAAAGUUACCCUCGUAGUCUAUGACCCGGACUACAUGAAGGUGAUCCUGGGGCGAUCAGACCCAAAGUCUCAUGGCUUCUACAGAUUCCUGGCUCCCUGGUUAGGGUAUGGUUUGCUCCUGUUGAAUGGUCAGAUGUGGUUCCAACACCGGCGGAUGCUGACCCCAGCCUUCCACUAUGGCAUCCUGAAGCCCUACGUGGGGCUCAUGGAUGACUCUGUCCGCGUGAUGCUGGACAAAUGGGAGGACCUCAUCAGACAGAACUCAUAUGUGGAGAUCUUUGAGCAUGUCUCCUUGAUGACCUUGGACACCAUUAUGAAGUGCGCCUUCAGCUACCAGGGCAGCCACCAAGCACACAGGAUCUCCCAGUCCUACAUCCAGGCCAUUCAAGACCUGAGCAACCUGUUUUUUUCCCGAGUGAGGAAUGUUUUCCACCAGGAUGACAUCAUUUAUAGGCUGACCCCUGAAGGCCGCUGGAACCACCGGGCCUGCCAGAUUGCCCAUCAACAUACAGACCGAGUGAUCAAGCUGAGGAAGGCUCAGCUGCAGGAGGAGGGAGAUCUGGAGAAGGUCAGGAGCAAGAGGCACUUGGACUUCCUGGACAUCCUCCUCUUUGCCAGAACGGAGGACGGCAGCAGUUUGUCUGACAAGGACCUCCGUGCCGAAGUGGACACGUUCAUGUUUGAGGGCCAUGACACCACAGCCAGUGGCAUCUGCUGGAUCCUCUAUGCCCUGGCCACGCACCCUGAGCAUCAGCAGAGGUGCCGGGAGGAGGUCCAGAGUCUUCUGGGGGAUGGUACCUCCAUCACCUGGGACCACCUAGACCAGAUGCCUUACACCACCAUGUGCAUUAAAGAGGCACUGCGACUCUAUCCACCAGUUCCGGGCAUUGGCAGAGAGCUCAACAAGCCCAUCACUUUCCCUGAUGGACGUUCCUUACCCAAAGGAUUCCAGGUGUCCCUCUCCAUUUAUGCCCUUCACCACAACCCGAAUGUGUGGCCAAACCCAGAGGAGUUUGACCCUUCACGGUUUGCACCGGGUUCUGCCCGACACAGCCAUGCUUUCUUGCCCUUCUCAGGAGGAGCAAGGAACUGCAUCGGGAAGCAGUUUGCCAUGAGCGAGAUGAAGGUGGCGGUGGCCCUGACCCUGCUCCGCUUUGAGCUGGCGCCAGAUCCUUCCAGGGUCCCUGUUCCCUGGCCAAGAAUUGUGUUGAGGUCCAAGAAUGGGAUCCACCUGCAUCUCAGGAAGCUCCUCUAAAAUCUGUGCAGACAAGGAUGAGCCCGAGAACCUCCUGCCUGCCAUCCUGUCUUCCUGUCUGUGUCUCCCGUCCCCUGUCUUCUGCCUCCCUCACAA